GGUUUGGCUUUGCUGAGAGAGAGUUCUCAAGUGCCUGGAAGCACACAGGACAGUUUGAAACUUGUGUGUUUGGGAGUUUUAUUCUUGGAAGUAUUUGGGGUAGGUUUUUUUGAUUUUUAGCAGAACGAGAACAUGGGGGACAUGCUAUCAGCAGAGGAGUUUGAGGUCGGGGCUGCUUACUGCCAGCUCUUUGAAUCCAGCAUGAGGAGUGAAGCAAGAAGACUGAGGACAUUUCGGCAAUGGCCAGACACCUCACCUAUAUCUCCACGAGAUUUGGCCAAGGCUGGCUUUUUCUUCGUGGGUCCAGGAGAUGAUGUACAGUGUUUCUGCUGUGGGGGUGUCCUGAAGGACUGGGCACUUGGUAGCUGCCCAGUAGAAGAGCACCUGAAGUUUUUCCCUUCCUGUAAAUUCAUUUGUGGUGAGGAUGUUGGAAACCAAGAGAUGCUUCCACUUCAGGAAAUCUCUGACACUGUGGAUGGGCAGUUCCUCAGCCUUUCACAGGGGAUAGGCAGUGAAGAGACAGCUCUUCCUAAUGAACCAGAAUGCCCAGAGAUGGCAACAGAGGAGAUGAGACUAUCAACGUUUCGGAACUGGCCACAGUAUACUGACAUGCCUCCUGAGCAACUGGCUAGAGCAGGAUUCUAUUACACAGGGCAAGGUGAUGUAGUGAGGUGUUUUCACUGCAAUGGUGGUGUGAGGAGCUGGUCUUAUGGAGAUGAUCCUUGGAGGGAACAUGCCAAAUGGCAUCCAGAUUGUGAGUUCUUGUUGCAAGCAAGAGGAAGUGAAUAUGUGAACAGUGUUCAGGAUUCCUUUUCCAGCACCCUACUAUCUCCAAGAGGUCCCUGGGAUCAGACUGAACAUGACUCCUCUGCUUCUCAAGAUCCUCCAAGGGGCUGGGAAUUGCAGGAUUUUCCUCAGGAUGAGUUUAACAUAGUGUGGAAUGUCCUGGAGUUAGGCUUUGAGUCUGCUGUGGUGUUUAAACUGAUGACUGACAAAUACUUGCUGACUGGGACUCCCUACCUCUGUCAGUCUGAACUGAUUUCUGAUCUGCUUCAACUAGAGGAAGAGAUCAGCAAUGCAGAGGAAAGCAGAGGUUAUGCAGAUGCUGCUCAGAGGGAGGCUGAAGCACCAGUUACAGGAGAAGAAAUGCAACCUGUGCAAGUAAAGGAAUCAGAUGAGUAUCGGAUGAGCACAGAGGAACAGCUCCGACGCCUGCAAGAGGAAAGGACGUGCAAAGUGUGCAUGGACAGAGAUGUGUCUGUUGUGUUUGUUCCUUGUGGCCACCUGGUAGCUUGUGGAGAAUGUGCCCUCAAUUUGAGAUUGUGUCCCAUCUGCAGAGCUGUCAUCCAGGGAAGUGUGAGGACAUUCAUGUCUUAAACCAUCAUUUCCUGAACCAUGAGAUGCUUAAAGGGAAAGAUACUCUCUACAACCCACAAUACAUCAGAGGAAGGAAAUAAGUAAAUAGUUUUACACUUGGGCUUGUUCCAGCAUCAGUCUUUACUAAAUGUGCCUCUUAUGCAGUGUUUCUAGUAAGAGUUGCUGCUUUUCUGGAGCACUCCUACAGCCAGGGGUACAGUAAAGCUCUACUAGUUUCUUUUUGUCCUCCAAGAAGAUGCUUUUCUUGACAAAUUCUCCUUCUCUAAAUUCAUGUUCUCAAAGAAUCUCUGCUCUGUGCUGAAAUCAAGGGAUGUUUUCAUUGGAAUGUCCCUGGUUCUUUUUCUCUCUUAUUUAGGAAUUGUUAAGCUGAUUCUGCUGGGCCUGAUGGCUUCCUUCAGUGAGUAUGAAUCAAAAUGAGUAUUCUUCUACAAAGUUCUGUUGAGACAAGGAGACUCAGCAGCAGUGCAUUGGGGGAAAGGAGAAUCUAACUUUUUCUUCUGAGCUUGUGACUAUCUUCCCAGUCUCCUUUUGAGUUUCAGAAGCUGAUGGAGUGUUAGUCACUAAUACUUAAAUCUACAUAUGUGAAAAACCUGUCCUGUUCUCCCCCCUCUACUCUCAGCUGACCUCCCUAGACAAGGUGAAAGGCUUUUGGUCAAGGCUAUUAAAUGAUCUCAUGGAAGCUUCUUACAAAGCCUUUUUCCUGGCAGUUGAAUGCUACCCUACUAGAAGAUAACUAUGGAGACUUACCUUUUAAUGACUUCUGUUUGCUGGCUGAACUGAUGAUUCUUACUUAAAAUGGAACUUUCUAUGAUGUAGCAGAAGGUUUGUCAGUAUUACAGCUUGAACUGCAAGGGAAAUGUUUGGGUUUUUUUAAAUACUAAGUGUUCUUUUUUCACUGAAUAAAAUGUUAUUAUUUUUCUCUUA